CGGCCAAACAAACCUUUCUUUUACCUCUUCUUGCCCUCAUCAUUAUCUGCUUUAUUCUUCUGGCCCAUUCUGCUUCAUUCUGCUUCAUUCUGCUUUAUCUCUUUCACAGUCCUUUUGUUGUCUUUAUUACUAUUCUUAUUAUUCUGCUCAUAUUCUAGUCUACACACCUUCUAACUACAUCCCUGGACUCUGGGCUUGACCUCGUUUAAUAUAGCUUAACAACUAUUCAUUUGUAGUCAUGAACCCCACAUCUCCACCAUUGAAAAGGAACCCGUCCUUCCGCCUUUUCUGCUCUUAUCUCUUCGAUUGGGUUCUCUGUAUCAUUCUUCUGAUCCUCUUCUUUUUCAUCGAUAAAAUCGAGCCUUUUCAUCGUCCCUUUUCUAUAAACGACACGAAUAUCAUGUAUCCCUACAAACAUGAAGAAACUAUUCCUGUCUGGGCACUCGUCCUCAUUGUAGUUGUUUUCCCUGUCGUAAUGAUCGCUAUUGUGGGUCUAGGAGUGAGGCGUAGCCCUUACGAUUUUCAUAACGGUAUUCUCGGACUCUUACUCUCAGUUUUGCUCACUACUAUGGUUACUCAAGUUGUCAAAGUCACUGUCGGUAAGCACCGACCAGAUUUUCUUAGUCGAUGUCAACCUAUGCUCAACGGCUCUCCUAUCACACAGGACGAGCCACUCAAGCUAUGGACAGUAGAUGUCUGCACACAGAAAGACCGCCAUAUCUUCCAGGAUGGACUCCGUGCUUUUCCUUCAGGGCAUGCUUCAACCGCAUUCGCUGGUUUGUUUUACAUAUCGCUUUGGCUCGGAGGGAAAAUGCACAUCUUUGACCGAAGAGGGUACUCAAUCAAGAGCGUCAUCCUCAUUAUCCCGUUCCUUGCUGCUUUGCUUAUUGCUAUCACACGAGUACAAGAUUAUAGGCAUGCACCUAUUGAUGUCACAUGGGGUUCAAUCAUUGGUAUUACUUUUGCUAUAUUCGCAUAUCAUCAAUACUACCCCCAUCUUCUCUCAGACCACUCGCAGGUGCCUCAUCCACCUCGAGAUUUUAGUUACUUACAGAGAGAUUCUGAGGGUCAGGAGCAGGAAUCACGGCACUUUGAACAUUUUACGGGCAUCCAACGCCAUUCAGGCUCAUUCAUAGAUGAGUCUAGGCCCCAGCCAGGCCACAUAAAUGACCUUGAAGCUCAAGAUAGUGGAUUCCAUAAAACAGAAAGUCUCCAUCGUGUUUAAUUUUAAUUUUACAGAAUAGUUAACAACAAUAAAUACC